AUGACCGCCAACGGAACCACGAACGGCAAUGGCGCCACUAGGCAAUCCAUCCGCGCCCCCAACCCCCCUCUCAAAGACAGCGUCUUCGAUAUGUUCCGCCUAGACGGCAAGACGGCCAUAAUAACAGGUGGCUCGGGCGGCAUCGGCUACGAGGUCGCACGCGCACUGGCAGAAGCCGGAGCAAACAUCGCGAUAUGGUACGCCCACUCCAAGAAAGCCAGCGCGCUCGCCCAAACCAUCGCUUCAGACUUCAACGUAAAGACUAAGGCGUACCAAGUCGCUGUGGAAGACUACGCUGCAGUUGAGAAGGCUGUCGCGGAGGUAGUUCAGGACUUCGGCCGCCUGGACAUAAUGAUUGCGAAUGCAGGGAUCCCCACGAAAGCAGGUGGGCUGGACGACAAGGUCGAGGACUGGAAUAAAGUGCGGGCUAUCGACUUCGACGGUGCGUACUACUGCGCUCGCGCGGCUGGGCUGGUGUUCAGGAAACAGGGCUUCGGAAAUUGCAUCUUCACAGCCUCUAUGUCCGGUCAUGCCGCCAACGUCCCGCAAGAGCAGUCGUGCUACAAUGCCUGCAAAGCUGGUGUGAUCCACCUUACAAAGUCGCUGGCUGUAGAGUGGGCCAAGUGGGGAGGGCGUGUCAACUGCGUGAGUCCUGGGUACAUCGACACUGCUAUCUCAGCAGAUUGUGCGUUCGAGAUGAAGGAGGAGUGGUUUAGCUUGACGCCGUUGAAGCGCGACGCUGACCCGAGGGAAUUGAAGGCCGCGUACUUGUACCUGGCAAGUGAUGCGAGCACAUAUACUACUGGAGCGGAUCUUGUGGUUGAUGGAGGUUACACUUGCAGGUAG